UCCGACAAACGGAAGUGACAGAGUCUUAACACGUGCGGCGUCUGAACACAGCGUGUUGUUACCGGCUCGUCGCUGCUCAGCAAGUAUCGAUCAUUAUCGGCUCCGAUCGCACGGUUCGAUCAGAAAUGACUAAAGUGAAGAAGGACAAAGUUCCCGCGGACGGAGAAGAAGCCGCCGGCGGGAACGAGAAGUCUUAUCAGGAGCUGAUCGCGAACGUGAACGCGAUCUCUGCGCCUCUGGCCUCCAGGAAACUCAGCAAGAAACUGUACAAGUGCGUCAAGAAGGCUGCUAAAGUGAAAAAUAUCCGACGAGGAGUGAAAGAAGUUCAGAAGUUCAUCAACAAAGGAGAGAAAGGUAUCGUGGUGUUGGCAGGUGACACACUGCCCAUAGACGUCUACUGCCACCUGCCAAUCAUGUGCGAGGACAGAAACCUGCCAUAUGCCUACAUCCCCUCCAAAGUGGAUCUGGGUUCGUCGGCAGGGUCCAAGCGGCCGACCUGCGUUAUCCUGAUCAAACCUCAUCAGGAUUAUCAGGAAGCGUACGACGAGUGUGCGGAGGAGGUGUCCGCCCUGCCCAAACCGCUCUGAGAAGCCUGAGCCAAUCGGGAGGCAGCUCCGAGGUCAAUGCUGUCAAUCCUCUCAAUUUUCACCAGAAGCUCCGCCUCCUCUUGAUGACGUCGAUCAGUUAUCUCUUAUGCCUCCAGUGUUUGUGCUAAGCUAGGCUAACACAUGGCGGGGAACGAGGGGUUUUCAUGUGUAAAUAGUUUCUGUUGUUUUGUUUGAUAAAUAAACAGAUUUCAGUCACAUUUUUCCAGAAACCAAUAAUAAUGUAAAUAAAUGUUGAGUUUUGAGCAGACGACAGACGGAGGUUCGUCCUGCUCGCUGGACGUCAAACAAAAACACUUUAUAUUUCACCGUAAAAAUCUGCUCCUUUAAUUUGAUAUUUUUACUUUUUCUACGACUUUUUUAUUCGUUUUACUUUUUUCUGUUAAGACAUCCGAUCGGAUUGAGCUGAUGAAGUUUGAUGUUGACAUUAAAAUAAAGAAGUGACUGUUUCCUCUGAGACGUCUCGUUAGAAGUUCAAACAGCUGCUCAAAACUUUAAAACUGUUUCCUGUUUCUUUCAGAUGAAAACAGAUUUUCAGUAUUUUGAUCAUUUGUGUGUCUGAACCAAAUGUUUGUUUCAUUUGAUCUGUUCUGGUUCCACGUUGUAAUUUAGGGACUAAAGAAGUUUGUCUGACAUGCGUCCUGUCGUCAUCACCUACGUGGGCGGAGUCAACCUAUACUUGACUGAUUGGUUUGUAGAUGGCGUCUGAUUUGGGGAGUUUUAGUUGGUUAAUUUGGUUGAUGCUGUUAUAUACAGAUGAAAAUGUUAAUUGGUAUAACUGGAACAGACUGAUCAGAUUUUGUGUUAUUGUGAAUCUGCAAAGUAAAUAAAGUUAUUAAAUGUGAAGUAAAAA